ACAUUUAGGAGAAACAGCGGUGUCUGCGGCUCCCACCCUUCAGGGGGCCCGUGGGGGGGGCGGUGUCAGGGGCAUGGACGCCACCCCCCAGGGGUCUCUGCUGCCGGCUACUCUCCUCUCCACGUGCUCCCCUCCAGGAUCCCCGACGCCGCCGAGGCGCCCAGCAACGCGCGGCGGGUGGCGGCAGCUCGGGCCCCCGCCGCACUCCAGGCGCCCGCAGCGCUCGCCCUGACGCGGCCGCCAUGGCGCAGGAGAACGCUGCCUUCUCGCCCGGGCCGGAGGAGCCGCCGCGGCGCCGCGGCCGCCAGCGCUACGUGGAGAAGGAUGGUAGGUGCAACGUGCAGCAGGGCAACGUGCGCGAGACAUACCGCUACCUGACCGACCUGUUCACCACGCUGGUGGACCUGCAGUGGCGCCUCAGCCUGUUGUUCUUCGUGCUGGCCUACGCGCUCACCUGGCUCUUCUUCGGCGCCAUCUGGUGGCUGAUCGCCUACGGCCGCGGCGACCUGGAGCACCUGGAGGACACCGCGUGGACGCCGUGCGUCAACAACCUCAACGGCUUUGUGGCCGCCUUCCUCUUCUCCAUCGAGACCGAGACCACCAUCGGCUACGGGCACCGCGUCAUCACCGACCAGUGCCCCGAGGGCAUCGUGCUGCUGCUGCUGCAGGCCAUCCUGGGCUCCAUGGUGAACGCCUUCAUGGUGGGCUGCAUGUUCGUCAAGAUCUCUCAGCCCAACAAGCGCGCCGCCACGCUCGUCUUCUCCUCGCACGCCGUGGUGUCGCUACGCGAUGGGCGCCUCUGCCUCAUGUUCCGCGUGGGCGACUUGCGCUCCUCACACAUAGUGGAGGCCUCCAUCCGCGCCAAGCUCAUCCGCUCGCGCCAGACGCUGGAGGGCGAGUUUAUCCCGCUGCACCAGACCGACCUCAGCGUGGGCUUCGACACGGGAGACGACCGCCUCUUCCUCGUCUCGCCGCUGGUUAUCAGCCACGAAAUCGACGCUGCCAGCCCCUUCUGGGAGGCGUCGCGCCGUGCCCUCGAGAGGGACGACUUCGAGAUCGUUGUCAUCCUCGAGGGCAUGGUGGAAGCCACGGGAAUGACAUGCCAAGCUCGGAGCUCCUACCUGGUAGACGAGGUGCUGUGGGGCCACCGCUUCACGUCAGUGCUGACUCUGGAGGACGGCUUCUACGAGGUGGACUAUGCCAGCUUUCACGAGACUUUUGAGGUGCCCACACCUUCAUGCAGUGCUCGAGAGCUGGCAGAGGCUGCGGCCCGCCUUGAUGCCCAUCUCUACUGGUCCAUCCCCAGCCGGCUGGAUGAGAAGGUGGAGGAGGAGGGGGCGGGGGAGGGGGCAGGUGGGGAAGCUGGGGCCGACAAAGAGCAGAAUGGCUGCCUGCCCCCCCCAGAAAGUGAGUCCAAGGUGUGACCAGCUUUCUCCGGACCCCUGUGGCAGACCGGGGCCCAGACACAGGUACAUAGGGAACUGCAUAUCGGAGGAGGAGGAGGAGGAGGAGGAGGAGGAGGAGAAGGUAGGCAAAGCCCCUGGAAAUGUGCUAACGUUGGAAAGUCCCCAUCCCCCGGAAUCUCAAGUCUAGAAUCCAGUAUGGAAGGGAGGGGUCCUGAUUUCAGGGAAAUGGAGGGUGCGGCCAGGUGAACAUGCCAGUCUGUGUUUGACCUUCACAUUUGUUCAUGAGUGGAUGGACGGACAGAAGGAUGGACUUUUGGGGGUUGGAUGGGAAGAUGGUGGCAGAUAAAGACAGCUGACAGAUACAUAAAUGGACCAACAGACAAUUGGUUCACUCAGGGCUGCCACUAACCUGUAGAACACCUCUGUGCAAAUUCUAAAAAGGAACCCUUUUCCUCCAGACAGAUACAGCCCCAAACCAGGGUGCAUGGCUUGGGGAGCAGAGUGUAGGAUGGAUUGCAGUCCCCACUCACCUCUUCUGCCAGCCUCCCCACAUAUGGCACAACUGUCUAAUGACACGGUAGGCCAAGCUGAAGCAAAGGAGAAAGGAGCCGCACCAAGAUGGACACAUGAGGAGGGUGCCCUCCUAGCUCCACCCUCACCAGGAUGAAGGGGUGCAAGGGGGCUCAGCAAGGUGUGAAUGACCUUAGUCUGCAAGUUCAGGGAAGCAGGCAGAGCAGGGAGGUGCCUGAGCUGGGGCCUGGAGAAGGGCCUGGGCCUGGGAAAGGACAACCAGCAAUGGCUAUUUUCUUACAGUGGAGUGAGAUCUUACAGGUAUCAGGCACAGGCAGGAAGAGGGAGAGAGCUUCUGAGGAGGAAGGGACAGAGAGAGAUCUAGAAAGUGGGUUCACUAGAGCUGGGACACAGGGAGCCCCUAGAAAAGCAGUGUGUCCUUGGGGCACAGUCAUUCACAUCACUGAUUGGGUGCCAUGUGGAGUGGACAUUCAAAAACCUGGUUCCUGUCCUCAAAAUAAGGGGCACCUGGGAAAACAGAGAAAUCGACCUGUGGCGACUGAACAAGGGAUGAUUCAAACUGACAACUUGCGCAGUCCCGCGGAGGGUGGGGGAGUGUGGGUGAUCAGAAGGCUGGGGCCAGUGUAAGCCAUAAGGAAUAUUUAAGUCAGGAGUUAGAAAUCUUCAGUGUACAUUAGAAUCACCUGGAGGGCUUGUUAAAAGACAGAUUUUUGGGCUCCACUCCAAGGGUUUCUGACCCAAGAG